GUGUUUACAUGACUAUUGCCAUACUCGGCCUUCACCCAUAAUCAGUUUUAAUAUCAAAUAGUUAGUGUGAAUGUAAACGUGGUAGGUGAUCGAUUGACCGACAACCAAUUAGAAUGUGGUUGAGGAAACAUUGUGUCGAGUGGGCGGGGAGAGAACGACAGACGGACUGCUUUCACAAACUCUUGACACUUUCUCUCACAGUCGCCCUAGUAAGGAUUAACCUACUUUCACUCUUCUGACCCUCGACAUGUCAAACAACAACGCCAGCAGCAACUUGGUCGUCGCUCAGAGAGUAGUGAAACAGCUGCGGCUGGAGGCCAGUGUCCGUAGGAUCAAGGUGUCUCAGGCUGCAGUGGACCUGAAGAACUACUGUCUGCAGAACGCUCACCAGGACCCUCUCCUGAUGGGGGUCCCCUCCAGUGACAACCCCUUCAGACCCCCCAAGUCCUGCAGCCUGUUCUGAGCAGUCAGUGUAUGGAGGAGGAGUUGUUGCUGUAUGUCCUAUGAGGGACCCUUCCUCUUCUCUCUCUACUGCUGGUCCAUUUGUGUGUUGCAGCUAUCCCUCUAGCCUGAUCCCAGAUCUGGCAUGCCAAGGCACGACAAUGACCAAAGAUGUUGGCAAGACCGCACAAACAGAUCUGGGACCAGGCUAGACAGUCUGUGUAUUAAGAUAAAGCCUAGUAGUGCCAUUAUACAUGUAUGUUCAGGAUGUUGAUGUGAUAUCCUAUUUGUUAUGAUGAUCAUGAUGAUGACAUUGUAUUAGGGUUGUAACUUCCUGAAAAUUCCCCAGUUUUCCAGAAAUUCCUGUUGUAAGAUUCCUGGAAUCGGGAGGGAAUAAGCAGAAAACCCAGGAAUCUUCUACUGGAAUUUCUGGAAAAAUCUGUCAAGUUUUGGAAAGUUACUGUAGUUCUCCAACCCUACAUUGUAUCUAUGCACUGUACUUUCCACCAGUAUGAUUAUCAGCCUCUGACAGGCAGGCAGCCAGUGAAUGUGCCUUUGAGGUUGUCUCCCAAAUAGCACCAUAUUCCCUAUAUAGUGCACUACUUUAGACCAGAGCCCUAUAGUGCAGUAUAUAGAGAAUAGGGUGUUAUUUGGGAUGCAACUUAUGUGUCCGACGACAUGUUCCGCACAAUAAGGAAGUGACCAACCGUUGAAUGUUUUAACCAGGGUACGUAUUGAUAUUUAGCCUACAGUUCUAGCCUAUUGGCCUACAUGCUGUCCUGUCACCUUCUAUUGCUUGUGUUCCACGUGCAGUAUACUUCCUGGUACAAACUACCACAUGGUACAGGUUGACAUUCUCAACCCAGGGAUCCAGAACCAUAGAAUUAGAAUCUAGAAUUAAUGCGGAACACUAACCACAUCUCCCCAGUUGUACUCUAUACAAGAGACUGGCAGUUACAUGUUUCUUUUAAACUUUCGUCAACCUAUUUUAUUUAAGAUUUUAUGAAAUAAUCUGCCUUUUUAUCGAAGGGUUCGUUCAUUCGGUUGUGAUGAUACUGAUGUGAUCUUAAAUGUUACAUUGUUGUGCCCUCCUGUACCUUUUUUUUAGGAAGACACUCCUGUCCUUGGCCUUUUUCCCUGGAAAUACUCAUGUCCUUCUCACGUUUUUUCCACUAGCCUACAUUCAGUCACAGAUAACACUAUAGCAUGGUUUUCCACUAGCCUACAUUCAGUCACAGAUAACACUAUAGCAUGGUUUUACACUAGCCUACAUUCAGUCACAGAUAACACUAUAGCAUGGUUUUACACUAGCCUACAUUCAGUCACAGAUAACACUAUAGCAUGGUUUUACACUAGCCUACAUUCAGUCACAGAUAACACUAUAGCAUGGUUUAACACUAGCCUACAUUCAGUCACAGAUAACACUAUAGCAUGGUUUUACACUAGCCUACAUUCAGUCACAGAUAACACUAUAGCAAAUGGGAACGCAUUUAACUAAGACAAACAACACCCCAUUUCCAUAUGCCACAGCUGGUGCUUCGGCUUGUUUCAGGUUACUGAUUAGCCACAUCACCAUGACUACCAUUUUUAUGAUUCCAUCAGCCUACAUCGCAGUUUGUUUUCAUCGUUGAACUGUGAGCGUGGAACUGUCUAGCCUCGCUACCGGCCUUGUAUGAGGAGUUUUAAUUUGAUACCUGAUAUACUGUCCAUCCUCUGUGCCUGAACUUUGUAACUGUGUUAUACUGUCCAUCCUCUGUGCCUUAACUUUGUAACUGUGUUAUACUGUCGAUCAUCUGUGCCUUAACUUUGUAACUGUGUUAUACUGUCGAUCCUCUGUGCCUGAACUUUGUAACUGUGUUAUACUGUCUAUCCUCUGUGCCUUAACUUUGUAACUGUGUUAUACUGUCCAUCCUCUGUUUCUGAACUUUGUAACUGUGUUAUACUGUCCAUCCUCUGUUUCUGAACUUUGUAACUGUGUCAUACUGUCUAUCCUCUGUGCCUGAACUUUGUAACUGUGUCAUACUGUCUAUCCUCUGUGCCUUAACUUUGUAACUGUGUUAUACUGUCCAUCCUCUGUUUCUGAACUUUGUAACUGUGUUAUACUGUCCAUCCUCUGUUUCUGAACUUUGUAACUGUGUCAUACUGUCUAUCCUCUGUGCCUUAACUUUGUAACUGUGUUAUACUGUCCAUCCUCUGUUUCUGAACUUUGUAACUGUGUUAUACUGUCCAUCCUCUGUUUCUGAACUUUGUAACUGUGUCAUACUGUCUAUCCUCUGUGCCUUAACUUUGUAACUGUGUUAUACUGUCCAUCCUCUGUGCCUUAACUUUGUAACUGUGUUUCCAACCUAGUAAAUCACAUUUACCAC